CUUUCUCCUUCUCUCCCUCUAUACUCAUCCCACCAACCCACUUCUUAUUCUCAUUCCCCAUCUCACCAUGAAUACAAUCGGAUUCCAUGGUGUGAACGGUGCGUACGCCGAAGAUGCCAUCCUCGAGCUCACCUCCAGCCAUCCCAGCUUCUCCCAGCACUCCUUCUCCACUGAAGGCUUCGACACCCUGGCUGAGCUGUUCGCGAACGUACAAAGGGGCACGGUGCGUCACGGUCUGAUUCCAAUCGAGAACUCGCUCUCGGGAACAUUGCACUCGGUCCUUGAGCUCUUUGCUGAACAGGAACCCCGUCUCUGGGUCGUGGGCGAGUACACCUGCAGUGAGUCACAUUACAUUAUGGCCCGUUCAGGAACAGAGUUGAAAGAUAUCGUCGAGAUCCAAUCCCACCCUGCGAUUCUGGAACAGUGCCAGGAUUUCCUCGACGCGACCCUUCCAGAAGGCUACCGAGCCGUCCUCUCCAGCAACACUGCCAGCGCCGCCGAAGAAGUCGCACGAAGCAACGAACCCGGCAUUGCCGCGCUGGCUGGGAAACGCGCGGCACAACUGCACAACCUGACAAUCCUGGGCUCGGAUUCGACUCCCAACAACAUAACCCGGUACUGGCUAAUCGCACGUCAUCCUAUCCUCCAACCUGAUCGGAACAUGAGCCCCAAAUCAUCGUUUGCAUUGGUCAUGAAGAACCAAGUCGGGGCAUUACAUCGUGUGUGUUCGUGUUUUGCGUUGCGGGAUAUCAAUAUCACGAAACUGGAAUCGAGACCGUCGUCGAGGACGAUUACGUUGGCGACGCCGUGGGAGUAUGUGACUUAUAUUGAUAUCGAGGGCGCACCAGGAAAUGAGGAAAAUAUAAAAAGGGCCGUCGAUAACUUGCUGGAAUUCACGCAGAAGUGUACCCAUCUAGGAUCUUAUCCGAGAUAUCUGCAUGGAGUUAGACGCUGAACGAGAGAUCUGUUACAUUUAGAUCCUCUUUACCAUUGCUCU